AUGUCAUCAAACAUUCUUGCUUUUAUGUUUCUUUUAUUGCUUAUCUCAAGUCCCAUUCUUGGACAAGCUCCUACAGCAAGAGGCAAAGCUACUACCACUACUGCCACUAGGACUAGAUUUAGGGCUGCUGGAACCACACCUACCGGAGGACCGAAUGCUGCAAAAGGAAGACCUACAGAUGACGCUUCACCUUAA